AUAAAAUAAAUAGUUCUUUAUAUGUUAUAAAUCUUUGAGUACAAUCAAAUUAUCGCUUUUGACAAGGACGUUACAAUGCUAUUAAGACUAUUUAUAUUUACUAUAAUUACUGUUUUAUUUUGUGAGAAUGAAGCCGCGAAGAUAUUGGCCGUUUUCCCCAUGCCUUCAAUUAGUCAUCAAGUCACCUUCAGGCCGCUGACGCAUGAGCUAGCCAGGCGAGGACACGAAGUGACAGUCAUCACGACCGACCCCGCCUUCGCUAAAGGAGAAGCGCCGAAGAACUUAAGAGAAAUUGACGUCCAUGACGCAGCAUACAAUCUAUGGAAGAAGAGUCUCGGAUCCUUCGCGACAGGGAAAAUAGAAGACCAGACAAACAUGUCGCUUCAAUUGUUUUCAAGCAUUUUCGAAUCGGAACUACAAACACCUCAAGUUCAAGAACUGAUCAAGAAUAGAAAUGAGACCUUUGAUUUAUUGAUAUUGGAACUGUGUGUGACAUUAACUCUGGGUUUUACUCAUAUAUUCAAAGCACCAGUGAUCUUGGCUAGUUCUUUAGGUGGGGUACCUCACACUUACAAUAUUUUUGGGUCUCCUUCUCAUCCAAUUAUUUAUUCCACGUUAACAACGUUUAAAAUUAAUAACAAGACUGUGUUUGAUAAGUUAAUUGAUUUAUUCUUAUACAUAUACGGAUUUUACACGUUUAGGAAUUUGGAAUUAUUUAAUAAUGCCAUAUUAAAGAAAUAUUUAGGAAAUGAUACACCGACAUUGACAGAGUUAUCUGAUAAUAUACAUAUGAUAUUUUUGAACGUGCAUCCUAUUUGGGAUGACAAUCGUCCCGUUCCCCCUAAUGUGGUAUACAUUGGCGGGAUUCAUCUAAAACCUCCAAAGGAAUUGCCUGAGGAUCUCAAAUCUUACCUCGAUUCUUCGAAAUAUGGAGUCAUCUUCUUCAGCUUAGGCACAAAUGUAAGGUCUUCAAGUCUACCACAAGAGAUACUUCAGACCAUACUGAAGGUAUUCUCCGAAUUGCCAUACGAUAUCCUGUGGAAGUGGGAUGAAGAUGAGAUGCUUGACAAACCUAAAAACGUGAGAACAAAAAAAUGGCUACCGCAACCUGAUUUGCUAAGACAUCCAAAGGUAAAACUCUUCAUAACUCAAGGAGGUAUCCAAUCAACGGACGAAGCCAUCACAGCCGGAGUUCCAUUGCUCGGUAUACCGAUGAUGGCAGACCAGUGGUUCAACGUGGAGCGAUAUGUCCAACUCAAAAUAGGCGUGAGACUGGAUUUAAAUGAUAUUACCCAAGAUACUUUAAAGAAUGCUAUUAAUACUGUGAUAGAAGACGGAAGUUACCGUCGAAAUAUUGAGAAACUCCGUGAUGUGGUUCACGACCAGCGUCAGGGCCCUUUGGAAUUAGCGGUGUGGUGGACAGAGCAUGUAUUGAGACAUGGCGGGGCGCGACACCUCAGGUCUCCGGCCGCCAACAUGUCUUGGACGCAGUACUACGAGAUACAGCUGCUCUCAAUAUUGCUCGCUGGAUUAAUAAUAGUUGUAUCGUCAGUAAUAUUUAUUUUGCGUCGGUGUGUCAGAAUUUUUAAGAUAUCAAUUAAAACUAAAACGUCAUAA